AUGGCGUGUAAAAAUGAUACAGGAAAGUAUUUUGAUUAUAAUUGUUACUACGAGUUAAAAAAUUACUACGAAUCAUAUUAUUCAACUAGUAAACCAGAGAGAUUCUUAGAUCAAUACAAGAUUCCCGAUAAGUACAACCAUAUUUAUAAGAAGUUUGAAGUAUUUAUUCCUGAGGUAAUAAAAUAUUUUGCAUAUGAUCGCUUUUCAUAUGAGAGCGUUGAUUUAGCCUGCAAAUAUAUUAACUACUGGUUACAAGAACAAAUACGAAAAGAAAAUACAUAUGCAUUAACUGAAGAAGAUUUAGAUUUUUUCAAAUCUCUUGCUGAUGAUUUUGCAAAAUUUGAAUAUGGUUGCCCAGCAUGUAAUAAUAAUACAUGUAGUAAAUUUUUUUCAUAUCUUCCUUUGAAUAAAUAUACAAUAAUAAAUACAUUAUAUAAUACUUAUGCUUUAUAUAAUGAAUUAAAAGAUCCGAGUAAAAAGCUUUUAGAUGAAUACAUUUGUAGUAACUUUUUGUCAAUAAGACGUUAUUACCGUGAAUUACUGUUGGAUAAUAUAUAUGAUGAAGAAUUAUAUAAUAAAUUAAACAAUUUCCGAACUUUAGUUCAAAAUGAAAUGAACAAAUAUACAGGUAAAUGUUCAAACGAUUUAUCACUUUUAAUGCCAUUAAUACAAUAUACCCCACCAUUAGCAAAAAAUUCUGAUAGGGGAGAAGGAAAUUCAGGAUUACCAUCUGAAACAAGAACACAAUUAAAUGAAAAAUUAGAAGAAAAAUUUGGCACUCACACUAAAACAGGAUCACAAGGAGAGAAAGUCCAACUAUUGGUAGACAAAUCGAAACUAUCAGCACUACGUAAUAGUGAUAUAUUACAACAAACACAUGUAUUAUCUAAAAAUGAAGAACAUCGAGAAAAUAUGCCCAUAAAUGACCUUAAUAAUAAAACAUUUACUCCAGUGUAUUUACCUAAAGAAAGACAAUUAACUGAAUCCAGUGAACAUAUAGGUGGAACGAUAUAUCAACCAAAUAAUGUUCAGGCAACUUCAAGUUCUCCAGAUGGAAUUGUAAAAAAAAUAAAUGGUGCUUUCUCUGGUAUUUCAGAAUAUGUUGAUGCAGCUCCUCUUAUGGGUGUGUCUGGAGGGAUGGGAGCUUUAUACUUACUUUUAAGGUAUACACCAGUUGGAUCCUACUUUGGAAGAAGAAGAAGUCAAAUUCGUAGAAAUGUUGAGGGACUUUCGUCGGGAGAAUUCCCAAAUUUUUCUGAAUAUGAUGGUGGGUAUAUUCGAUAUGGUCCAAUGAAUAUAUCUUCUCAGGCGGAAUAG